UUGCCCAGCUCCCUCCUCCCUACUUUAAUGCUAGCUAAGAUGGUGGUUUGAGCGUAAAUUGCCUCCACAAUACUAAGAAAAGAAAGGGGCAAAACAUCUUUACAGCCUUUUAAUCACAACAGAACAACAUAACUGCGGUUAUCUUAAGUGACCGGUUAUAGAAAUUUUGACAUUUCAGACACAUUGGCUCGCAGUCCCCGCCCAAUUUGGUGUGACUCCCUUGGAGUGGAAUCCUAAGCUAAAUACGGACAGGCCCUGUGCUCUGGGACCAGCUUCAACACUCACCCUCGCCAUACCAUAGGAUGUCCCACAGCCCUGAACUGAAGGACGACCCCAUGGAGUGCCCUCUGUGUAUGGAGCCGCUGGAGAUUGAUGACGUCAACUUCUUCCCCUGUACCUGCGGCUAUCAGAUCUGCCGCUUCUGUUGGCAUCGCAUCCGCACAGAUGAGAACGGCCUGUGCCCCGCCUGCAGAAAGCCGUACCCAGAGGACCCCGCUGUGUACAAGCCUCUCUCACAGGAGGAGAUCCAAAGGAUAAAGAACGAAAAGAAGCAGAAACAGAACGAGAAGAAGCAGAAGGUGACAGAAAACCGAAAGCAUCUGGCCAGUGUCAGAGUGGUCCAGAGAAACCUUGUGUUCGUGGUGGGGCUCUCACAGCGACUCGCCGACCCGGAGGUCCUAAAACGACCAGAAUAUUUUGGGAGGUUUGGGAAAAUCCAUAAAGUGGUCAUCAACAAUAGCACAUCCUACGCAGGUUCACAGGGGCCAAGUGCCAGCGCUUAUGUCACUUACAUCCGCUCUGAAGAUGCUUUAAGAGCAAUACAGUGUGUGAACAAUGUGGUUGUUGAUGGCAGAACCCUCAAGGCUUCUUUAGGCACAACAAAGUACUGCAGUUACUUCCUUAAAAGUAUGCAGUGUCCCAAACCUGAUUGUAUGUAUCUACAUGAGCUCGGGGAUGAAGCGGCUAGCUUUACUAAAGAGGAAAUGCAGGCAGGGAAACAUCAAGAGUAUGAGCAGAAACUCCUCCAAGACCUCUAUAAAAUUAACCCUAGCUUUCUACAACCUCCAGCAUGUGGAACAGAGAAGUCAAAGAGUAAAACCAACUCCACACAGAGACCCAACAGUACCAACGGUAAAGACGGGUGGCCGACGCUGUCAGGACACAACAAACUGGCCAACGGGCUUUCAGAGGACCGCAAGUCUCCUCCGCUGCUAGACUAUCUAGACCAAGAAGUUAUGACUUCAGAUGGGCUAGAAACAGAUCUGGGUCCUGGUCAGCAUAGUGCAUUGUCCCCCUUCUCCUCCAACUGUGACAGCAACAGUCCCAGUGACAAACCUCCAGAGUCGAUCGGUAUGGUGAAUGGAGAGACUUUACAACAGAUGCCCACCAGUGACUCCCCUUCUCCUCCCCCUGGUUUAACCAAGCCCAGCCUCGUGGUGCCCAUCAGCGUGUCAGACCUCACAGCCCGUUCACCUUUCGAGGGGGCGGCCGCUGAGUCACAGUCGCUCUUUUCAGACAACAGUAACUUCAGACAUCCUAACCCUCUCCCUGCCGGCCUGCCCCCCUUCCCGAGCUCCCCCCGCGGCAAUUCUGACUGGCCCAUGACCCCUGAACCACAGAGCCUCUUCACAUCAGACACAAUACCAGUGUCUUCUUCCACAGACUGGCAGGCGGCCUUUGGUUUCGGCUCGUCCAGCAAACAGCAGGACGACGAUCUGGGCUUCGAUCCUUUCGACGUCACUCGCAAGGCCUUGGCGGACCUGAUAGAGAAGGAGCUGUCGGUGCAGGAUCAGAGCCCCUUUUCCCCGGGGCUCCUCUCCCACGGUGGGAGCAACCAUGGUCUCGGCCUGCCUCCUCUCAACCCUAACCCUGGUGCCUCUCACCACUUCCCCAGUGGCCUGCCACGCCUCCCCCAGCUCCACCACAGAGCCAUCUACAGCUCCUUCAGUUUCCCCGGCAGUCAGAACAGCCAGGCCAGUCAGCAGCAGCCAACCUCCAGACACCCCUGGAUGGGCGUCCCGACACGGAAUAACCUCACACACUUGAACCACUCAGCCAGUGCUGCCUCACACAGUAAUUUCCUGGACCUGAAUCUGCCCCCUCAGCACAACACAGGGCUAGGAGGGAUCCCCAUCUCAGAAAAUAGUGGCUCUAUAGACGGCUUAAAUGUGAAAGAGUGGCAGGACGGUCUAAGAGCUCUCCUGCCCAACAUCAAUAUAAAUUUCGGGGGCCUCCCAAACUCCUCUUCCUCGUCAUCCUCCUCAUCCUCCAACAGUGUUAACCACAUCGGUGGGCCGGUAGGGCCAGCGGGCAUCUCACACAGCCUGAGCUGGGACAGCACAGCCAGUUGGAUGGACCCUGCGAUCAUCACAGGUAGAAAUUGCAUCCCGGCCUCAGCAGGCAACAGUUUAGACUGUCUCCAGGACGACAACCCACCACACUGGCUCAAGUCUCUGCAGGCGCUCACAGAGAUGGACGGUCCGGCCAGCUCAGCGGUGCCCACUCCCCCCCAGCCCCUCCACAGCGGCCUCCUCGAUGCCCACCUCCCCCUCCACCACAGAGCCGCCGGCGGCUGGGCUCCCUACAUGCCCCCUACCACAGCCAACCCCGCCAGCCAGUUCCACUCCCCUCCCCCCGGCUUCCAGACCACUUUCAGACCCCCGGGACAGCCCGCCACAGAGCUGCUACAGAGUGCCGCUGUGGACCGCCACUGAACAGACUACAGCAGACACCCAUCCAUUCCCCCACUACCACUUUAUACCCACUCAUCCUGUACCCCGCUCCCCCCUCCCUCAAUGCAAUACACACCAAUCUGCAGAGUAUGAAAAAUGAUUAACAAAGUAACAAAAAUGCUUUCUUCUUUUUCUCUUCCUCCUUCCUUUUGUCUACUCUGAAGGCCUAUUUGUUUUUGUUUGUGGCACACAAGUUAUUGGUCCCCUUUACCUGCUGCCAUCACAUGGGAUUCAUUGUGUAGCUCACUGUUAACAAGAAACAGUAUGGCGCCGAGUGGUGACACAAGAGUUAACUCCACAAACUGACGAAGAAACAAAUUGGCUGAUGGGAGACCUUUUUUUAAAAAAGUAACUAAUGAUUAAGCAUGAACAACAUUUUGUGUUUUUGAAAGUUGAAGUCGCGAUAAGUUUUCGAGGAAUGAAGCAAGCUGUGAAUCUGCUCUUGAAGCUUUGCCCCAAAGACCCUCAUCCUCCCCACUUCAACAGGAGACAAGUUGUGAAUACGGCGAGGUGAGAGAGAAAAGGGGUUGGCACUUAGCUUUUCUUUUCUUUUUUGAGAGUGGGUUUUAAAAAAGAAAUGUUAAAAAAAAAAAGAAGCUGAGAUUUGGUUAUUAGAGAGUGAAUGCAGAUGGCACAAGGGAGUUGAGGGCACAGGCUAUGCAUGGGCUCCCUGUUAGGUAGGGGACACAGGUGGCCUGCUUGAGAGGCCACUUGGCCCACAUUCCCGUUAGAGGAGGGCUCCCACUGGCCCCGUCCUGCUGGAGGGAGAGAUUUUGCUGAACCUCUGUAUCAGAGGAUAGAGCACUACCUAACUGCGGGGCGCCAGGGCUUUGGGAGAUCUUGGCACACAUCCUGAGCACUAGGGUUAGACUCUUACUCACAGUGCCACUGUGUGGUACCUACAGUAGCUAGCCCUAACAUGGACAGCCACCAAGUAGUUACGACAAUGACCGGACGGAUGAGGAUUUGUCAAAAAUACUAAAGAGGGUUGCAACAGGGUUCACAGGUCCCUUUGUUCCACCCACGAGGGCUUAAACGAGGCCUUAACAUGGACAGAUGCGAGAAAGGAGUGAUGGGAGGAGGAGUCUAGCGUCAAUGAUUGCUGAAAAAUAUGCAAUAUUGUAUGUGAUUUCAGCCACUGUAUGUAAGGUGCUGCAAGACCAUACCACGUACUGUAGUAGGAUUUAAGGAGCUUUCAGCCUUUAGGAUUCGAGAUCGACCUCUCCGACCACCGCCUUUUUCUUUUUUUCUUUUUUGAAGUCUUAAUUCUAAACCAUAUUCGCUCUGUUUCUCUUCAUCCUCUUACCCCCCCUCCUCCUCCUCCUGCUCUUACUCUUACCUCCCCCCCCCCCCCCCCCCCCCCCCUCCUGCUGUUCCCUAUUUAACAGUAUUUCACAAAAAUGAACAAACUCAUCCAGGAGAAGCCAAGUCAUACAGUGGGUUUUAACAUGAUGUUGCGCGGGGGGGAAAAAAACGAAAACACAAUUGAGGCGCUUAAAAGGAAGUGAACUGUCCUCUGCAGGUCUGGAAAAAUGAACCUUAAAUAAAACUGAAAACUCAGA